CCUCGCUUUUCCCUCGCACUUCGCCGACCACGAGGCUUGCAAAGCUGCAAGACCYGAGGCAUUCCAGAACUUUUUUAUUAUAUCUGGGCUUUAGACUUCCUAAAUUCCCGUAUACCUAGCAUGGUUUGACGACAAUAGAGCUUAAAAGAUUGUGUGUAAGAUUCUCUUUAUCAUGGAUUUACGGGCAGCUUUUCCUUUGGGCCCGAAAGUCGACGUGUUUGUCACUCAUGUGCACAAUGACUCGGGAAACUUCUUCGUUCAACUCAACAACGAAGAGGCGGGAAAGUUGGAUGAAUUAAUGGCCGAGAUUGAUAGUUUUAUAUCAAGUGAGGAAUCCCAGGGCCUUACGGCUGGAGAGAUUAARGCUGGAACGGUUUAUCUUGCCCAGUAUUCAGAAGAUGCGAGAUGGUAUCGUGCACGUGUGAUAGCUGUCAAAGCCGCMAUCUGCGAAGUGUACUUCAUAGAUUACGGAAAUACCGAACAAAUUCCAAUCAAAUUUCUACGCAUUGCAAAGCCAAGCUUCCUUCAUCUACCACCACAAGUCUUUGAAUGUGCGCUUGAAAAUAUUAGCAAGUUUAGAGGACCGAAUAUGCAAGAUGCYGUAUCUACGCUGAAAGGUCUAAUCUUGGAGCAAGAGUUGUCGUGCGUGACUAGUUCAGUGAGUAACGAUGUCCUUAUUGUGAAUCUCUACAAAGAUAUCAAUUGUCGGGAUUCUAUACUUUCCCAUCUAUUGUCCCAAGUACAAAGAACUCCUCAAGCUACGACCACAAACGGACAAGAACCACUAGAAAUUGUAGAUAAGAAAUGUUUUAAGACUAUCUCGCUGUCAAAGGGAAAUUACAUAGAUGUUUGUGUUACUGACGUCCAAGACCCGCAUUYAUUUUCCUGUCAAUUUGUUAAAGGUUCCGAAGAACUACUCGAUCUGAUGGAUGAGAUUGCAAAGGAAUAUGAAGAUUUGAAGCAAGGAGAGCUUCCCUUGCAGUCUAGUGGUGUGGGUUAYCCUUGUUGUGCCAAAUUCGCAGAGGAUUUCUGCUGGUAUCGAGCUGUGAUUACCAACUCCAGUGCUGUGUCAUCAGGAUUYCUUGAGGUGAAGUUUGUGGACUAUGGCAAUGUUCAAAAUACUCCUGUAUCUGAUGUAAAAGAAUUGCAAGCGAAGUUGUUAGAUCUACCGGCUCAAACUGUUGAAUGUGCACUUCUUGGUAUAGGACCUGAGAAUAAGAGUAAGGGGUGGUCUACAGAUGCAAAAACCUUGUUUUCUAAACUUACCAAAGAUAAGCAUAUCGUUGGUGAGAUUUAUGAAAAGGACCCAGACGGCAAAUACUGGGUGAAACUGGUCGAUACUACAGGAGAAAUGGACAUGCAAGUAGAUCAAAUUCUGAUUGCAGCAAAAUAUGCUGAAAAGGUUAGCAGUAACUUCCAAGAUGUUGGAAGACCUCAGAGUGGACAAGGAAGAUCGCAAAGCUCUCCACAAUCAUCUACACAGAUCAGGAGCAAGCCUCAAGACACUUUGGGAAGGGCUACUUCUCCUUAUGCAAAGGAGGUCCUCACUCCUGGUAAAGAAGAAAAAGUACUUGUCUCAUCAGUUACCAGCCCAUCAUUAUUCUACUGCAUGUUUUACAGAACUUCUACCAAACUUGAGAAACUUAUGAGUGACAUAAGAAGACAUUACUCUCGGCUGGGACCUGAGGAUGAAUGGCUUGCUAAUCCAUUAGUUGGUGACCCUUGCUGUGCAAAGUUCUCUGAAGACCAGUCAUGGUAUAGAGCUGUAGUCACUGAUGUCUUGACCUCUGGAAAAGUAGAAGUGCUGUUUGUUGAUUAUGGUAACUCUGAGACAGUCCCAUCUAAGAGUGUUAAAAAGCUUUCUCCUCAAUUCUCUGAGCUACCCUGUCAAGGCAUUAAGUGCACAUUAAACAGAAUAUGUCCAAAAGGAAGUAAAGAUUGGAGAAGUACGGAUAUAAAGGCAUUUGAAGACCUAGCCUUGGAAUGUACUGGAAAAUUGACAGUUAUUGCUUUAGAAGAUGAUGAACUUCACAGAGUYGAGUUAGUGGUACAUGAGAGAGGCAAGGACAUCAACCUGGCAGAAUCUAUGUUAUUAAAGGGAAAUGCAACUCUGAUUGAUGGUGCAUAUACUCAGUCUGAAAACCUUGUAAGAGUGGCUUCCAGAAAGUUCACCAAUGUGACUGUUAACAUAGGUGGUUAUGAAGAUGUCUUUGUGAGUCAUGUAGAGGAUCCUGGCCAYUUCUGGUGUCAGUUGUCUAAACAUCAAGAUGAUCUUAAUAAUGUAAUGACUGMUAUCCAUGAUUAUUGUACUUCUUCAAAGGAUGUCAUACGCAACCCUUCUUUAGGUCUUGCAUGCUGUGCAAAGUACAGUGAAGAUGAAGCUUGGUACCGUGCAAGCAUCACAGGAAUCAAGAGAACUAACAAGGUAGAAGUUCAGUUCAUUGACUACGGAAACUAUGAUGAAGUGCCACUCUCCGAUCUUAGAACUAUCAAGCCAGAAUUUAUGGAAUUGCCUGCUCAAGCCUUCAAAUGCAGACUUGCUCAGCUUGAUGUUACGACUCUCAUCACCUUCCCCCCUGAAGCCAUUGAUAAAUUCUGUGAGUUGACAGUAGAUAAAGAGCUUGUUCUCAUGAUUGAGUCCUUUGACAAAACACAUGAACAGUACCUUACGCUGUUACUCAAUGGUACUGAAAAUAUAUUCGACACCAUAGCACCUUUAAUGCCAGACGUUAGCAGCAAAGAAAUAGUGGUACCCAAACAGGACAUCAAGCCAGGAAGAAAGGAGAAUGUGUGUGUGACAACWGUGAAUGGGUUGUCAGAGUUUUAUUGUCAGUUCAUGUGUAGUGCYGCACAUUUAGAUGAAAUGAUGAUCAAAAUGGAUGCUCAUUAUAAAGCUCUCGCUCCAGACCAAGAACAGCUAACUCAACUUAAAGYAGGCUGUUAUUGUGUUGGUCAGUACACRGAAGAUGAYAGCUGGUAUCGAGCUAAAAUACUAKCAUCAAACGAUAAUAUGUAUAAUGUAGUGUACAUAGAUUUUGGCAAUGGUGAAAGCUURCCAGCCUCUAGAAUCAAAAAGCUAUCUCAGUCCUUCUCUCAACUCCCACAACAAGGAAUUUUCUGUUCAUUGGCAGGAAAUAAUUCUGAGUUUUCAGACUCACAGUUUGGAGAAUUAACCUUGGAUAAGAUGUUUGACCUGAAAGUUGUUGCAAUAGAGAAUGAUGACAAAGCCAAAGUUGAACUGUACUGUGCAGAUACCAAGAGACCAUUGACAGAACAAUUAACCAAAUGUCAGCCUGAAACUUUAUUAAAGAUUCAACCAAUUCCUCUAAAUGUGGGAACGACAGAGGUUGCCUUUGUUGUACUUGCUUCUAGCAUUUCUAAGUUCUAUUGUCAGCUCACUAAAACAGCAGAAUCCUUGGUSAAUGUCAUGGACAAAAUGUACAGUUACUAUGACAACCUUAAAAGCACACAAGACGCUGUAUCUAAUCCUCAAGUAGGUGUUUACUGUGCUGCAAAGUUCAGCGAAGAUGAUGGCUGGUAUCGUGCCAUGRUGAGCACUGUUCAUGGCAAUAGUGUUGAGGUGUUUUACGUAGACUAUGGCAACUCUGAAGUCCUACCUCUAGAAAGAGUAAAGAAAUUAAAGCCUGAGUUUGUAGAGCUACCUGCMCAAGCAAUACAGUGUAGCUUGACUAAUCCAAAGGAUUUCAGUACUGCUGCUUCUAGUAGAUUCAUAGAGCUGGUCAGUGAUCCUGAAACACUGUUUGAUUUGAAGAUUCUUUCCAUGGUGGCAGAAGGUGUUUUUGAUGUUGAAUUGAUCAAGAAGGAAUCUGGAGAGUCUCUACAUCAAAUAUUGGCCAAUGAGGGCUUAUUGCAAGAAAAAGAAAAACCUGUGCAAACUGAGACAGCCAGUGUCAGCCUAACUAUUAGAGAGACCGAUGAAGGCCAGUGUGGUUAUGCYGCAACACCAUCACAGUUUUGGUUCAACUUGAACUCCAAUGUUGAUACUUUAAACAGCUUACUAGAAGACAUAGGGGUGUACUAUGAAUGUCUCAGCCCAACAGAAUGCGUAUUGCCUUCUCCUGUUGUUGGUUCUUAUUGCURUACUCAGUAUAGCCUAGACCAAGGRUGGUAUAGAGCCAAGAUAACUGCCGUUCAAGGAAGCCAAGUACAAGUUCAUUUUGUUGACUUUGGAAAUUCAGAAAGCAAGCCAGCCAGUUCCUUGAAGGUUCUAAAGCAAGAAUUCCAAGCUCUWCCAGACCAAGCUAUACUGUGUAGCCUUCACCAAGCCAUCCCAGCUGAUGGUAGCUCUAAAUGGUCUCCAGCAGCCAUUCAGGAAUUCACAGACCUGGUUGUGGAAAAGGAUGCUGUUAUCAGAGUGGUUGAGAAACUACCAAACGACUGCCAUGUGGUGGAUGUACUUGAUGUUAGUGGAUCAAGAGAUCUAGUUCUUGGUGCAUUGGUUGAGAAAGGAUUAGCUGCAAAUCCAAACAAAACAACAGAUUACAAGCCUUGURCGAUGAUGCUCACAGAAGAUGGUUAUAUUGAUGUCAACCCUUUAAUAUGCCAUAGUCCACAGGAUUUCUAUUGCCAAGUAUUAUCCACAGAUAAUAUUAAAACCUUUGGACAGCUGACAUAUGAGAUACAAGACACCUAUAGCAAGAUGGGUCCAAAUGAUAACAACCUUGUCAAGCCAGAAAUCAAUAUGCUAUGCUGUGCACUUUAUGCAGUUGACAGUUCCUGGAACAGAGGAAAAAUCACUCAGAUUGUUGAUGAAAGCACAGUUGAAGUGUUCUUUGUUGAUUAUGGAAAUCACGAAGUAGUUGACCUCCGCAAUGUCAAGCGUCUUCUACCAGGGUUUACAGACGUGCCUGUUCAAUGUGUUCAGUGUUGCUUGUCUGAUAUCAAGCCCAGUAAUGGUGCCCAGUGGUCAGAUAAAGCCAAGGAUAGAUUUGUUGAACUUGUGGAUCACAAACAGUUGGUUGCAAAACCUAGCAAAACAGGGAAAGGAAAGAUGGAAGUGACUCUGUUUGAUACCAGUGAUGACACCCAAGAUAUUAACAUUGGAGARACACUCGUCAAUGAAGGCCUUGCAGUUUGGGUGUCUUCAUCUUCUGCAGAACAAAGACCAACAACGGCUUUGAAGACACUAGAAAGUUUAGAAAAUUUAAAGAUUUCAUCAGGGGACGUAUYGUACAUCACGGCAGUGGAUUCACCUGACGUAAUUUAUUGCCAGGUUGCAGGUACUGAAGAUAAGCUAGAUAACCUAAUGGCUAGCCUCACUGCUUUCUAUGAAUCACCACAAGCAAUGGCAUUGAGUGUACAGUCAGUUACUGCUGGUCAAGYAUGCGCUGCUUUGUUCUCACAAGAUAAUGCCUGGUACCGUGCAGUAGUUGCAGGUGUUUCUCCAGGCAAUGCCACAGUAAGAUUCAUUGACUAUGGCAAUACAGAGACUCUUGCUUUAAACGACAUAAGAAUACUUUCAGAUGAAUUUACCAAGGAGCCUAUUCUUACAGUUAAAUGUAAACUAUCUGGUAUACAACCCUCCRGAGGGGCUCCUAAUUGGCCCAAGGAAGCUACCAAGUUCUUAGAAAAURUAGGAGGUGAUGAUGGCUUCAAAGUUAAAGUAAUUGCAAGUGGAGACAUUUUGGAAGUAAAACUAUUUGACCAACAAGGUGAUCUAUGUGACAGACUCAUCAGAGAAGGUCUUGCAGUGGCAAGGCAACAGGCUGCUGCUAAACCUGUACAGAAACCCAAGCAAUCUUCACCUAAGCAAGGCAAYAAACCCCAGACAUACAAGUCUCCAGAUAUUCAAGUUGGUGGGAAGAUAGAAGUGUAUGUCACUGAUGUUACAUCACCUGGGCAGUUUUGCUGUCAGUUGGCAGAAUUUGGAGAUGAUCUCAAUCAGAUGAUGGACUCCAUCUAUAAUCACUACAGCAAACUUGAAGACACUGCAGGCUGCCUGGUGUCUCCUGUAGUUGGACAGCCGUGUGUAGCAGUCUUUGAAGGUGACRGCAAUUGGUAUCGUGCAGUAGUCCAAGGCAUGACUCUAAAAGAUCUGAAUGUCAAGUUUGUUGAUUAUGGUAAUUCCCAGACUAUCAAACCACACGAAGUAAAGCUGAUUGAACCAAGAUUUAUGAAGCUUCCAAAGCUGUCCAUUGAAUGCACAAUAGACUUUCAGAAAUCAGGCUGGAGUAAGGAAGAAACAGAGAAGUUUACAGCUGUAGUUGGUGAAGACAAGAUGGUUGCUGAGAUAUUAAAGGAAGAGAAUGGUCGAUAYCUAGUCAAGAUUUACAAGGAAACUAAAUGCAUCACCGAUUCAGUCCUUGAGAAACCAGCUCCACCAAAAAUUCCUGAACAAGUACUACAGCCCAACCAAGUAGAAGAUGUCUAUGUAGUUUAUCUAUCCAGCUCUACCCAGCUAUCCCUUCAACUCUCAAAACACAGCAAUGCACUAGAUGAACUAAUGGCAAUAAUCGAUAACUCUUGUCGAGCUAGCAGUAUCCCAUUGAAGCAGGAGAAUAUUGAUGUAGGAAUGCCAUGCUGUGCGCUGUUUGAAGAUGGUUGGUACAGAGCUGUCAUCAUGUCAUCACCGUCAUCUGGACAAGUAGAUGUUCAUUACAUAGAUUAUGGGAAUUCUGCUACCRUGGCUAUAUCAGAUUUGAGAGCAUUACCAGAGUCAUGCCUUGGACUCCCGAAGCAGGGUGUGUCUUGUACUCUUAAUGACCCCAAAAUAUCUGCAGCUUCCAAGGAGAUGGUAGAGAAUGCUGUAAUGGAUAGACAGAUCAAAGCAAAGUUUUUGAAGAAGGAUGGUGAUUACUGGACUGUGGAGUUAAAAAUUGAUGGUGUGGAUGUAGCUGAUAGCCUGGUCGAAGAUUCACAACCUACAGCAACAAAAACCUCUACAUUCACAGAGCAAAACAUUUCUGAAAAUUCCAACGCUAAAGUCUAUGUCAGCCAUACUGUCAGUCCACAUGAAUUUUACCUUCAAAUGGAUUCCUCAACAGAAGAAAUGGCUAACUUGGCUAUAAGAUUAAAUGCUUUGUAUCCAGGAUCAGAGUCAAAUCCAUUGGAAAGGCUAGAGCUAGGGUCUGUAUGUUGUGCCCAAUUCUCAGAAGAUAACAGCUGGUAUAGAAGCAUUGUAACUGCGAUUCCUGAUGACAAACACAUUGGAGUUCAGUUUGUUGACUAUGGUAACUCUGACAUGGUUGAGAGAUCCAAAGUAUUGGCUUUAAAAGAAGAGUUCAUGGAUAUUCCAGUUUUUGCAAUCAAGUGUUCACUGGAAGUAAUCCAGAAUACACAUAAGUGCACGGAUAAAGACAUUGAAAGGUUUGAAGCCCUUGUGUUUGACCAAGAACUAGAUGGAGUAUUUCUUCACAAGAAUGAAGGUAAAUGGCAAGUACGGUUAAAUAAAGAUGGYAAUUCUCUAGUAAAUUUACUGCAAGAAAAUCAAGAGAGAGCACCAGAAGAGGAAUCAGUACAGCAACAUAGUGUAACUUCUAUUAAAGAUAARGAAAUCAUAGCUGGCCAAGAGAUUGAAUGUAGUUUGAGCCACGUAGAAGAAACAGGAUACUUCUAUUUACACGUCAAUGGUGAUCCCUUAAUAGAYGAAGUUACAAAUAUGAUAUCAGAAAUCUAUCCAUCCCUUGAUCCAUCACAUGAGAAUCUUGGCGAAUGUAAAGUUGGUUCAUUUUGCUGUGUCAAGUUUUCAGAAGAUGAACAAUGGUACCGAGCAGUUGUGAGUGAAAUUCUCUCUGAUUCCGAAGCUAAAGUAACAUUCAUUGAUUUUGGAAAUUCAGAAGUAACAUCCAUCUCCUCAAUGAAGAGUCUGAGACCACAGCUCUGUGAAAUCUCCAAGCUUGCCAUACCAUGUAGACUUGAUAGUACUAAAGAUAACUGGUCUGAAGCUGACACUAUAAUGCUGGAAGAGAAAAUGCUUGAAAAAACUCUGAAGGUUAAAUUUGUAAGUUCUGGUGACCGUGGGUGGAAUGUUAUACUUGAUGUAGAUGGAACCUGUCUUAACAAUUUGCCAGAGUUCACCUCCGCCACAGAAUUAGCACCUUGCUCAUUCACUGCAGCAUCUUUUACUGUCAACAAAAAAGAACCUGUGAUAUUUUUAACAGCUGAGAGUUUAGAGUGCAUCUGGGUACAGCCUAAAAACAAUGAGAACGACUUGGUAGGUUUGAUGAAUAAAAUUGCUGAGAAUAAACCCACUAAAGCAAUAGAUGUAUCUGAAAUAUCUGUUGGUAAGCCAUGUCUAGCUAAAUUUACUGAGGAUGAUGAAUGGUACAGAGCAGAAGUAAUUGAUAUCAUUGGAGCUCAGAUACUAGUGAAAUAUGUAGAUUAUGGAAACUCUGAGAAAGUUGAAAGCAGUAGAAUCAGUCCCAUUAGUUUGUCAUUCACACAACUUCCAACGCAAGCUGUGAGGUUUUGCCUCCUUGAUGUACCAGAAUCAAGUGCAAGUCAUGUCCUUGACAAGCUGAAUGAAGAAUACACAGAGACCACUGUGGAGGCAGAAGUUAUAACUCAGAAUGACGCUGGGUUUUAUAAUGUAAGGCUGUUUGAUCAAGAAGGCAAAGACCUAGUUAAUAAGCUGAUUCGCACAAAUAUAAAUAACAACGCUGAAACUAAAGAACCAGUUGCGGCAGUUGAUGUUGAUCUGAUUGUGAGUCAAGAAGAAGCUCCCACUGAAGCUGUGGAUGAAAAUGGAAUAAAAGCUAAAGAAGAAGAUAAGAAAGAACUGGAAGCUGAAAAAGAGGAAUUCCUUGAAGCACAAGAAAAUGUAAAUGGAGUUGUAGGUUCUCACGAUUCCGCAGACUCUUUAGCAGAAACAGCUCUUCUGAUUGCCAGUGAAACAACUGGCGCCACAUCAUCGUCAAACAACCUUGAUGAUGCAGGUUUGCAAGACUUAAGAGCUUCAAAGUCUGGAGUUGACGAGCCUAAUGAAAGUGAAUUGUCAAGAAUAGAAGAAAACAAAGGGGCUGAGAAAACAAAAGUCGUAGAAGAUAUAACUGUUGCUUCUGAUGUUGUUAUACCAUGCCGUAAUCAAGUCUUAAGUUCUGACCCUAAAACAUAUAGGACAUCUGAGAUUAUGCAAGACUUUCAGCCUAAGGUAACAUCUGCACCACAUAGUGGAGAUACCCAAUCUAAAUCCCCAUAUGAAUCACCCAAAGAUAAAGCAAUAGAAUGCCAAGAGGAUUUACCAUUUGAGACAYCCAAAGAYGCAGCACCAGAAUGCCAAGAGGAUUUGCCAUCUGAGACAACCAAAGAUGCAGUAAUAGAAUGCCAAGAGGAUUUGCCAUCCGAGACACCCAAAGAUGCAGCACCAGAAUGCCAAGAGGAUUUGACAUCUGAGACACCCAUAGAUGCAGCACCAGAGUGUCAAGAGGAUYKACCAUCUGAAGCACCCAAAGCGUCAGUACCAGAAUGCCAGAAGGAUUUGCCAUCUGAGAGACCCAAAGAUGCAGCAACAGAAUGCCAAGAGGAUUUGACAUCUGAGACACCCAAAGAUUCAGCACCUGAAUGCCAAGAGGAUUUGCCUUCUGAGAUACUUAAUGAUGCAACAAAAGAAUGCCUAGGGGAUUUGCCAUCUGAGUUUCUCAAAGAUGAUUCUGAACAUCUUAACCUGCAGGUAGUAGUAACAAACGGAAUCCACAAAUUUUCAGAUGUYAGAUUUGAUAAGGAUGAGGAAUGCCUAUCAGAUGAAGCACUGGAAAAGCUUGAUACUGUGUUAGAACAGAAGCCAAGUGCUGUGAAGCAAGUUAGUGGAGCUGUGCAAGCUUUGAUCUAHGACAAGGUACAAGACGAAAUGUAACUUUAGUGAGUUCAUAAGUGAAUAUUUGUCUGCCAUAUAAAAUUAUAGUGUAGUUCGAUAUGCCUUGUUUUAUGAUCAGAUGAUAACAUGGUAAAGCAAUUUCUAGUGUCAAGAAAAUUUGAAAUUUUACAAGUUUCAAAUUAGCUAUUUGUUUUGUGUAAGCUUAUAAAUGUCUUGCACAAUAGGAUAAAAAGCCGUUUCCAUUCCUUUUAAGAACCAAAUAUUUAGAGCAACAUUUUUCAUAAACAGUGUGGCAAAUCGUAUUUAAACUAAGAAAACACCUGUCCCAUCAAGGAAUAUUGUUUUUCACAUGACAAAUCUUUAACAAACAAGUUUCUUUAAGGCCAUAACGACAGUGAUUUUCCUAACUAAACARUCCAAUAGCCAUAAUUGUUUUAUGUGGGGGAGGGGUUGUUACCUUUAAAAAAACAUUAAUUGGUUAAUGGGUAGUUCCAGAACUUAUUCUUUUAUAACACCCAUUAAAUGUACCCCACAGAGAGAAUGGAUAUUAAAUGCCAUCCAGUGCCAACCCUUCCCACUUCUAGUAAUUUACAGUAUUCCUCUUAUUGCAGUAAGGAGAUACUGACUACCACUUGAUGGCCCAAAAGAAAGACAAUGAUAUAUCUCCAAUUUACUUUUAUUUUAUUGCUAAUAUUAUGACAAGAAACUUUUCUAAGUUAAGCUUCAUAUAGAUAUUAAUCCUGAGGUUUGGUUAGGUCGAAAUCUUUCCUCACAUCAGUUGCACGCAACAUGCUUAUGCCAAGUUUUAGCUGCCAUUUACAAUUGCAAGCAAGCUGUACGGUCGAUUUCUCAAAGCAAUUUGUGUCGUCAGCAUGUUGUGCAAGACAGUUGCAAGGAAAGAUCUUAACUCAGACCUAGUAUUGGAUAUUGAARCAUAUUAGUUCCGAGGUUGAGAAAAAAACUAGGUAGUUAGCAUUGUGGGGCUGCCUAGGCGCAAUAUUUUUCAAUAUAGUAACUAUUUUG